AUGGCCCGACUCAAGCGUCGAGCGGACGCGAUCUCUCGUGACCCUUCCGAAUCCGAUCCUGAAUCAGACGAACCUCAACCACACCGCCGUCGCCGCUCGACUUCCGAAUCGUCGAACCAAUCCAACCCCUCCUCGGUGGCCUCCGAUCACGAUGAGCCCACCGGCCAGAACCAAGAGCAAACCCUCGUCAAGAAACUUGUCCGUCUAGCCCUGGCAACAGAAUACUCUCGCACCCCGCUUCGACGGAGCGACAUUUCGACCAAACUCUUCAAGGACAGUUAUCUACCCUCACGGAAUUUUCGCACGGUUUUCGAUGGCGCUCAGAAGAUUUUGAAAGAUACCUUUGGCAUGGAACUGUUCGAGCUACCAUCCAGAGAAAAGAUCAAUCUCAAGGAUCGUCGGUUGCAAGCCACCCAGACAAAGACUUCCAAUUCCUCGACCAAAAGCUGGAUUCUCGUUUCGACCCUCCCACCAGGCUACAAGACCAACCCGGCCAUAAUCCAGCCCACGAAAGCCCCAGAUGUCGGCACCGAGGCCGGAUACACCGCUCUAUACACCCUUGUCAUUUCCCUGAUCUACCUAAACAACAACUCUCUUGCAGAACAGAAAUUAUCCCGCUACCUGCGUCGGCUGAACGCCGACACCAACACCCCUUUUGGCAUGCUCGACAAAGUCCUCCAGCGGAUGCAGAAAGAAGGAUAUAUCGAUAAGCGAAGGGACACCGUGAUGGGGGAAGAAGUGACGGAAUGGUUCGUGGGUCCGCGUGGAAAAGUCGAAGUCGGGAUUCGAGGCGUCACCGGGCUUGUGAAAAGCGUCUACGGCCAUGGCGCAGUAUCACUGUUUAAGAGACAGCUAGACGAUGACGAGGAGGCAAAUAACUUGGCCAAGGUCGAAGGGGAGGAACUCAAUGCUAAGCUGUCACGCAGUCUAGGCGUCAAGAUCACCAGCGACACACGUGCUGCCCAACAAGAGGACGGGGCAAGUGAAGAUGAAUUGGCAGAUGUCUCCGGAAGUGCUGACCCUGAAGAGGCAGGUCCUUCAAGACGGCGGCAACAGAAACAACCAGCCCGGGGAGGGAAGAGGCGGCAGGCAGUGCAGGAUGAUAAUGACGACGACGACGACGACUAA